AUGGUUGGUAUAUGUGGCGUUGGUGGAAUUGGAAAAACAACUUUGGCAAAAGCUAUCUAUAAUCGAAUAUUUCAACAGUUUGAUGGUAGUUGCUUCCUUUCUGACAUUAGAUCAAAAACUGAAGAAUCUGGUCUAGUCAAGCUUCAAGAGAAACUACUUAAUCAAAUCCUCAAAACUAAGGAAUUUGAAGUUGAUAAUGUUGCUGAAGGUGCUAAUCUCAUCAAAGCAAGACUUGGGUCUCAAAAGGUUCUAAUUGUUCUUGAUGACGUAGAUCAUAGAAGCCAAUUAGAAUCCUUAACAAGAGAAAGAAGUUGGUUUGGCUCUGGUAGUGUAAUAAUUAUUACAACCCGAGAUGAACAUUUGCUAUAUGGGCUUACAACAAGUGAGAUAUACCGGGCCAAACUUUUAAAUGACAAUGAAGCCCAACAACUUUUUUCUUGUCAUGCUUUUAACUGUUUUUCUCCACCACAAGAAUAUGUUGAACUGGCACAAGACAUAAUAAAAUAUUCAGGUGGGCUACCAUUAGCUCUUGUGACAUUGGGGUCACAUCUGCUAGGGAGAUCCGUUAAAGAAUGGAGAUACGAGUUCAAAAAACUAAAAGCAAUUCCUCAUGGUGAUAUUCAAAAGAUUCUCAAGAUAAGCUUUGAUGGACUUGAUGUCAAUACUCGGAGUGUUUUCCUUUGA